AUGAAGAUGUCUCCGCCAGACCGGAGGAAAUACAUGCGUGAUCUGACGGUUGAGAUCGGCAUAAGAGUGCUGCUCUUUGGAGUUUUUGUGUUCACAGAGUUCCUGGAGCCCUUUGAGAGAGUCAUCCAGCUUGAAGAACUGUGGCUCUAUAAGAAUCCUCUGGUGGAAUCAGAUCACAUCCCCAAGAGAGUCAUGUUUGCAAUUUCAUUCCUCACCCCGUUGGCUGUGAUAUUUGUGGUGAAGAUUAUACAGAGGACAGACAAGACAGAAAUUAAAGAGGCUUGUUUAGCGGUAUCUCUUGCUCUAGCUUUGAAUGGUGUCUUCACAAAUACCAUCAAGUUGAUAGUUGGCAGGCCCAGGCCAGACUAUUUCCACCGCUGUUUCCCUGACGGCCAGAUGAAUGUUAAGAUGUUGUGCACUGGAGAGCCAAACCUGGUGUCUGAAGGGCGGAAAAGUUUUCCCAGCAGUCAUUCCUCCUUUGCUUUCUCUGGUCUGGGCUUUACCUCAUUCUACUUGGCGGGCAAGCUGCAGUGCUUCACAGACAGUGGACGUGGGCGCAGUUGGCGUCUAUGUGCCAUGGUUCUGCCUCUGUAUAGUGCCAUGAUGAUAGCCCUGUCCCGCACCUGCGACUACAAGCAUCACUGGCAAGAUGCAUUUGUUGGUGGAGUGAUCGGCCUGCUCUUCGCCUACAUCUGUUAUCGGCAGCACUACCCACCAUUCCUGCACAUAGACUGUCAUCUGCCUUACGCCAGCCUGACUGCAGCUGCUGCUCAGAACAUCCCCCCUGCCCAGGAUCAACUUCAGCCCACUGACAAUGCCACCAGCCUCCCCCUGGAGGGCAUGACAGAGGGUCCCGUAUGA